AUGGGGCUUUCAGGAUCUGUUUUGGGUUUCAUUCUAGUUGUUGCUGUGAGUUUCUUCUGUGUGGCUCAUGGGGACCCUCUUGUUCCUGCAUUGUGCAUCUUUGGGGACUCUGUGGUUGAUGUAGGAAACAACAACAAUCUCCAGACACUUAUCAAAGCAAACUUCCUCCCUUAUGGUAGAGACUUUGUCACCCACAGACCUACGGGGAGGUUCUGUAAUGGCAAGUUAGCCACAGACUUCGCUGCUGAGUAUCUUGGGUUCGCCUCAUACCCACCAGCUUAUCUUAGCCAAGAUGCCAAAGGAAAGAUCCUCUUGACUGGUGCCAAUUUUGCCUCAGCAUCUUCUGGUUUUUAUAAUAAGACUGCCAAGUUAUAUGGUGCCAUUACAUUGGCCCAACAAGUAGAAUAUUACAAAGAGUGGCAAAACAAAGUGGUGGAGAUGGUAGGGAAAGCGAGAGCUAACGCCAUAUUCUCGGGUUCAAUCCACCUCCUGAGUGCAGGGAGCAGUGACUUCGUUCAGAAUUACUACAUCAAUCCAUUGCUCAACAUAUUCUACUCACCCGAUCGCUUCUCGGACAUUCUCGUGCAGUCCUACUCUACUUUUGUACAGAAUCUGUACGGGCUGGGAGUUAGGAAGAUCGGAGUUACAACUCUACCACCAACUGGAUGUUUGCCUGCAGCAAUCACUUUAUUCGGUUCAGGUAGCAACCGGUGUGUUGUCAGGCUGAACGGCGAUGCCAUUUCGUUUAACAAUAAGCUAAAUAGCACAUCCCAAGAUUUGCAGAGCAGGCAUCCUGGAUUCUUUGAAUCAAGGAAGGGUUGCUGUGGGACUGGUACACUAGAAACAUCCGUGCUUUGCAAUGAAAGGUCUAUAGGGACAUGUUCAAAUGCUACAGGGUAUGUGUUUUGGGAUGGAUUCCAUCCUUCUGAAUCGGCUAACCAAAUACUCGCACAAGAUCUACUUGAAAAAGGAGUCUCCCUGAUCUCUUAA